CCUAUAACUAAUGCUCAUGGCCGCCGAGUCCUUGGAUCCAUGUAAACAUUGUGUAUGACGGAUCAGUAUAACGGCAGUCUGUCAGUUUGACAAAGUUUCUCGGUGUAAGCCAAUGGAGACCACUAGAUCACAUCCAUCUGUAUACGUAUCAUGCCAGAAUCUGCCGCAGAAGAACGAGGGGGGAGUAGAUUGGGCUCUGGAAAUCGAGCCACACCAAACUCCGCUACCCAGGGUAAUAUCAGUGCCCAACUAGAGGCGAACAGAAAGAGGAUUGGAUCUGCUAAAUACUACGACAUUGCAUCUACACUAAUGGGCAAAGGUCACACAGGUGACCUUGAGGAGCUCUUCCUGGCAGCGGCAAGAGAUGGGGACUACGAUAGAAUAGAGGACUUCCUGUUACGGAGUGGAAAGGACCACUUGGUCAGUAUCGAUGUCAAGGACAAACGGACCGGAAACACAUCUCUGAUCUGGGCUGCCAAGCGUGGCCACACUAAGAUUGUUCAGCUGUUAUUGAGGCAAGGUGCUGAUAUAACUCUGAGGAACUAUGAAGGGAAGACUGCUGUUGAGGUGGCAUCAACGUCUAUUAAGACUCUCCUCCUUGAUUCCAUUGACCGGUCGACAGAAUCGUCUCACAGACUGCUGCUCCAGGCAGGUUGGCAGGGCGAUGUUGGGGUCCUCAACAAACUUUUGAAAGAGAACAAGGUGAAGGACAUCAACUGUAAGAACGCAGAGGGUCUGACGCCACUCCUGCUGGUCGCUCGAGACAUCCAGUUAUUUGAACACCUCUCUAAACAGCAAAACCGCCCCUACAACCCUGCAGAAGUCGUCACCACUCUCCUGGCUCACCGGGCAGACAUCCAUGCUGUUGAUGAUGAUGGAAAGACAUGUCUCCAUUACGCCUCCCAGUCAAAGGCCUCCCUAGCUCAGACUGUUGUCCAGGCCCUUAUCACAGGAGGUCCUGAUAUAGACCUUAAGGACAAGCGCCUAUUUGCCCCGAUUCAUUGUGCCUCCCAGAGUGGUAACAUGGAGUGUAUAGAAGUCCUCAUCAAUGGAGGAUCCUGUGUUAACUGUCGAGGGUUCGCAGGGACCACACCUCUCCACAUCACAGCCUACAACGACAAUGAGCAAACUGCCUGCUGUCUACUGAAGCAUGGCGCUGAUGUGACCUUGACAGAUGAUCGUGGUCUCACUCCAGUAGACCUGGCUCGAGGUAGGAAGAUGAAGACAACGUUAAAAGAGGCAUGGGCAGAGGCGACUCAGGGCCGUGCUCCCACAAACCUGGCUCCCGUGAAGGCUCACUCUCGCCAGGAGACUCGAGCAUCACUGGAGGACCUCAACAAAGGCAAGAAGGGAGGAGAGGUCAUAUUCGAUAAUAUGCCAACCAACCCCUUUGCCAACAUAAAGAAUGCACCUAGCAAGGGGCGCUUGGUGUCCCGACACCUUAGCCUGAGGGACAAAGAAAAGGCAAGGCGAGCAGAGGAGUCAAUGAAGAGGGACCUAGAUAAUACCACCUUUACCCCAGGACCUUAUGUCAAAGAUGGUGUGAGAAGACUUGGCAUGACAAGGAACCAGUACCCGUCACCUCUACCCAAGGGUAAAGGUUAUCAAAGACUGCCAGCUAUCAGCCCCGACAGAAUGAGUAUAGAUCGUAGCCAGGAGUGCCCUUCACCUUUCAACCGCAACAGUCGCUACCGCAGAUCUCUCGAUGAAACCACAUUGUCCUAUUCCAGGAAUUCACCUAAUAUGGCCACCUUUCCUAAUACUGGAGCAUCCAAAAGGAGGGUGUCCCCACUGUCUAAUAAAGAGGGCUGCCUUACCCCGCUCAGUUGUGACUACGACAGUGGACCCGGCAGUACUAGGUUAACUUCAUGCUCUCCCACACUAAACCAAAAACCAGCCCGACACCAGCGGUCUGGGUCAGAUACCCUGCCCUCUACCAGCAUAGCGGAGGUAGCUGCCUCCUAUAAUCUCUACCACAAAACAGGUCGAUCUGUGUCUAUGUGUCAGUCUGACGACUUUGGUGAUGCUUGUUUAAACUCCCCACGACUAACACCCCUGAGAAUCCCGCAGGAACUGGGCGGACAUGUGUGUAGCUCUAACAACCUUGAUCUAGACCGUAUGGGCCUGUUAAACAAGUGCCAGACACCUGUCCAGAAUGCCCCACUGUUUCCCACAUCCUCCAAGGUGCUGCCCCCAACCCCGACGAUGAUGGGGGAGAAAGCCCACAGCUGUCUCGAGUCGUGUAUGACCAAUGCUGACUGGAACUCCAAGGAUCCGUCUCCUAGGUCAGACGAUGAGAACGAUCACAAGAAAAUAAAACAGGCAUUCCAGAACUCAUCUAAUCAGCUUCUACGUAGUCCCUCCAUCUUUAAACAGGAAUUCAUUUUGGAAGAAAGCCGUCCUAAAGACAUUUUAAUUCAUUCAUCAGGAAGUGACCUAUCAUCAACAGGAAGUAAGGACAGGUCGUCUGUGUCUAGUGAUGAAAUGAUGAUGUCAGAGGUCAUACGACCUGCUGCAGCAAAGCCACGCCAAAGUCAGCGAGGAGGCACCAAGAGAGGCAGUUCAUCGAACACACAAACAAAGGAGGUGUCCUCAUCAUUCUCUAUAGUUAGUGUUAACUCACAAAACAAAUUUGUGUCCAAUCUACGAACAAUUGAAUCAAAAUGUAGUCCCGGUUCAAAAAAUAGUGCCAAGACAAGUCAUUCAGAGUUGGCAUUUAAUAAACAAGGAAAGCAGAAUCAAACGCCCACGAAGGUCACCAAGGACAGAGUGGUGGUUCAUACUCAGAAACUGGGGGCGUGUACCUCACUUCCCAGUAAAACAAUGGGUGGCGAACUCACAGAGGAAGUGAUGAGGCAGAACCUUCUAAACGCCAAAGCUUCUGAGAAAACUUUAAAGGAUGUUAAAAGUGCCAAAUCUGACAAUAGGUGCAAGUCUGGGGAUAAAAGAUCAAGAGGAUACAGUCCUCAAUCACUGAGGGAGGAUCCCUCGGUCAGUUCCUCUCCCAGUGGUUCAGGGCUACAGGUGGUGUCCACUAAACUGCUGUCAAAUGUCAGGGAGGAAGUUAAAAAACAGAGAAUGGAGAAAGGUGAUGAGAACAUGACGUCGCGAGUGUCUGGUAAUUCUUUGGGAAAAGAAAACAUUAAUAACUCUAAUGGAAAUAAAUCAUCAGCGGCUGGGAAUCCCAGGAAAGCUUCUCAUUCACCAGCCCGGAGGUCUGAAACUGUGCCAAUAGCAAGUGUAAAUAAGGGGAAUAGUUCAACUCCUUCCUAUUUAAAUCCAACACAGUCCUCAGUUACACGAAAACAAACCCCUGAAGUCAAAGUGUCGAAGUCACAUUCAAAUUUAUCUGGAAACAAUAGUGCAGUUACUGAUAGUGUGAAGAAAAGUGCUGCUUCUGCUAACAGAGGGACAAGUGCAGUCACUGACAAUGUACGGAAAAGUGCUACAUCUAUGACAUCGUCUAAUAGAGGGACGAAUGUCCGGUCAGGGGCCUCAGUCAGAGAGUCCAAAUCUGAUGGGAGGACCUCUGUAAUGCAACCGGCGACUUCAUCAUCUUCUAAGCCCUCCUCCUCGCAGAAUAAACCACAACCCAGCAGUUCAGCCUCCAACUCAAGACAAACUUCGGGAGUGAGAAAGUCGCUAAGUGACCCAAAUGUUCCACAGGAAUCAAGGUCAUCAACAAUAAAUAAUGUCACCAAGUCAAGCAAAGAUAUUGGUUCCAAAACUUCAAAUCUGAAAUCUUCAUCCUUGACCACUCUGCAAGAAGCAAAACAUGGAGACACAAACACAAGGGGUGCCCUAACCUCGAGAACAGAUAUGAAGGGAAGGACAGCUGCUGGAGGGGAUGUGCUGACUGAAAAGAAGCCAUUUCAGUACAAGCCAGCCAGUGCAGGUAAGGCCCCCCUGGUGGAGAUUGUGUCAGAAAGUUCACCUCGUACAACAAAACCCAAACAUGUGGAGUCGAAGUAUACAGCCCCUAUUCAGACACCUGUCAUUGUAAACCCUUUUGAGGACAUGAAACCCUACAAGACAGAGUCAGAGGAAACAGCGACAGCCAGUAAAGUCAAUGGGAAGGGUGUGUCUGCUACAAGUUAUGGAUAUACAAUUGGAAAACCUUCCUAUGAUAGGUCAAAGACACAAUCUUCAAUGAAAACUAGAGGAAAAAGUGCUAGAAAACAGACUUCAAAGGACCAGAAACCUGCAUCUGCUGGACUUAAUAGACAGGGAAGACGACGUGGAGAUAAAAGUAAAGAGGGCAAGAAUUCUGAUGAAGGAGCAACUGGCCGACCUCGAAGUGGAAAAACGAAGCGUACAAAAUCAGGGAAGAAGAAGAAGAGGACUGAGGCUGACAAUGUGCUCAGUAAGCAGGCUGCACAGUCGGACGUGGCUCUGAUUUCAGGUAUUGGGUGGCAUGUUGCAGCACAGUGUAUGGACACCUCGGAUGUGUUGGCAGUCCGAAGAAUUGAUACUGAUUCCUCAGAUUCUUCUGAUAAUGACAGUCUUGAUGAUGCCACUCCUAGGGAAGGACUAACCUACAAGCUCAGGAUACCAAAUCAUCCUAUGGAUCCGAUGUCAAAUUCCUCCACACCCAGGUUCCUGGAAGUCAAGCCAGAGGUUAGGGGUGCGGAAGCUCAACUUCCUGUCAUGUCACAAGAUGGAUACAGACCAAUGAAUUUGGACAUGACACAAGCAUCCUUUACCCCAGCGUUUGGUCUAUACAACAUGCUGGGCUCAGAUCUUCCACCAUCAUCUUCACAAGUAGAUUUGAAUUCGUACUUCCAUAAAAUGGACGGAAGUAUUAUGGAACCUCCUGAUGUUUUACCUUCAGAGCAUGAUGAAGCUAUGGCUGAAAUCCAUCAUAACAUUCUGAUGGGCAAGCUUACACCUAUCCCCGAGUCACCCUCACUGAAAUCCAAUCAUGUUCUCCUUAAGACAAUGGAAGCUAUAGAGAAGUUUGAUCACAAUAUCCAGGCUGAAGUGUUAAAUAAUUUACUUGGGGUUGUAAUACAGGAUAGUGUUGAACCCAGUCCGAGAGUUGAUCUCCCUCUCAAAGGGGCCAAAAAUAAAAACAAUGUUGAUAUGUCUAAACAUCCAAAUGAAAAUGUUUCUUUAUCCAAUUCUGCACAAAGUGGCAGGCACACUAAUGGUAAAAUAAGUGCUCCUUCUUCCUCAAAGGAGAGAGGCGAUGUCAUGUCUGGAGCAUCAGUUCGCAGCCGCAAACAAAGUUCCGAGACCAGAGGUACAAGAUCGUCCUCUAAAGAACGGAUAGUUGUCACAUCUGGAGCUUCAGUACGAAGCAGAAAUGGACGCGAGGAAAGAGGAUCAGUGUUUGGGGAGAGGUCAGUGGUUCUGUCUGGUGCCACAGUCCGCAGUAGCCUAAACAACUCGGAGGAUAGGAAUGUGCAGGAGUCUUCUGUAUUGGGAGGCUUGAACAAUUCACAGGGUGAUUUUUCAAUAAAACUUAAUCAGACUGAUAUAAAUUACGGAUCUUUAUCUUCAAGCAGAAAAAAAUCAAAGAAAAGUGAAAAAGUAGAAAACAGGCAGCCUUCUGGUCAGAGGUCAGGUGUAAAACCACACUCUCCUGAAAAAGUUCAUAUUGAGGUAGUGGACAGUGUCCAGCAAAUUCCUCAUGUUCCUAAACUGGAUAACCUAGGUGACUGGGAACAUUCUGACGAUGAUGACUUUGACCUCAAAACAAGUCACAGUAAGAAAGAAGGCAAGAGUACUCGAAGAGAAAGGAAGUUUUCUGAAACAAAGAGUGAAGAAAGAAAUGAUAAUGAAAACAUUGAAGAAGUGAUUGAGGAGAUUUUGAGUAACACACUUCCAUCAGCCAGUUCUACAUUAAGGUCACAUGGAUCUCACAGAUCUGAUGCUAAGUCUCUGGGAAACACAUUCUCUGAGGCAGAUACAGCUUUGUUAAAGAAACUGUCAUCAGCACCUCAAAGUUCUCCUUUCCAUGCCAGGAAUUCCUCUGUCAGACAGUCAGGAUCCUACGAGGACCUUUCUGUCCCUCAUCCAACAAACCCUAAUCUCCUGAACGUAUUCCAUGCUGAAAAUUUCAAACUCGGACAAAAGGUGAAAGCAAUGAUUGAUGCAGGAGCAAGCAAGUCCAAGGUCAAGGCGAUGGCAGAUGUUGAUAACGAGGCGAAACAAAUAGCGAAAAUCAUGAACAGUUUUAAACACAUGGAGCUGUAUGCUGGUAGGGCUCGGUCACCAGCCAUACAGGAGUAUAUCCCUAAACCAGAGACAAGUUCCAUGGAUCCAGUUCCAGGAAGGAAACCUCCAUUGGGACUGAUGAGGCCGAAUUCUGCUGGGGCGGGAAAGGUCAGGUCAGCAGGAAGGUUUACGGAGAUCAAGAACGAGAAGAAUGUGUCGGCUUCCAAGGAGAAAUCGGUGAGGAGGAGCACAGAUCACAGGGUGAGUAAACCUUCACUCAGGUCAAACAUCCGGGCGAUCAAGCUACAUACAGACCAUUGCCGGGUAGUCCCUGUACCAUUAUCAGUACUUAGUAACUGUUGUGUAUUACAGCCCAUUGUAAGCUGUAUAGGGACCCUGAGUAGGCCGGGUAGUUCCUGUACCACUAUCAGUACCCAGUCUAGUGUGGAGGAUACCAUUCAGUGGAAGAAGGGCAAUGUCCUUGGCAAGGGGGCGUUCGGAACGGUGUGGUGUGGACUGACCAGUGAAGGUCAGCUGAUUGCGGUCAAGCAGAUCGAGUUAAACACUGGCAACCAAGACAAGGCCAAGAAGGAGUAUGAAAAGGUCCAGGAGGAAGUGGAGCUGCUCAAAACUCUGAACCAUAAAAACAUUGUCGGGUACUUGGGCACCAGUUUGGAAGAAAAUAUCGUCAGCAUCUUCAUGCAGUUCGUCCCUGGUGGAUCCAUUGCCAGUAUUUUGGCACGGUUUGGGGCGCUGGAUGAGGCUGUGUUCCGUCGCUACACCAAACAGGUUCUGGAAGGCGUAGAAUAUCUCCACGAUAAUGACGUCAUUCACAGGGACAUCAAGGGAGGUAAUGUGAUGCUGAUGCCUAACGGAAUCAUCAAGCUGAUAGACUUUGGUUGUGCCAAGCGACUGUGUAUUAAUCUCAGUAUGGGCCAGUCACAGAUCCUCAAGUCCAUGAAGGGCACACCUUUCUGGAUGGCUCCAGAGGUCGUUAACGAGACCGGCCAUGGCAAGAAGUCCGACAUUUGGAGCGUUGGGUGUACAAUAUUUGAGAUGGCCACUCGGAAGCCGCCGUGGGCAAACAUGAACCCCAUGGCAGCUAUCUUUGCGAUUGGCUCAGACAAACCAGUUCCUGAACUGCCAAACAAGUUUACUACAGACGCCAUUUCCUUUGUGAAUGCUUGUCUGACACGGGAUCAGAACAAAAGACUUUCUGCCACUGAGCUGCUUCGGCAUGUGUUCAUCAAGAAGAAGGGCUCCAAGAGGUGAACCACUGUGUGACAGA